AUGUCUAGAGUUCUCCGGCCCAAGUCUCUGUGUGUCAUAUCUUGGAACGCCAACGGAGUGAAGAACAAGAAAAUAGAGCUCCAAGAUUUCCUGGACAAAUACAGCGUCGAUGUGUGCCUAAUCCAGGAAAACAUGCUAAAAUAUCAGACACACAGAGCAGAUUGGCCGACUAGAGUCGGAGGCACACUAGUCGCAGUGAAAAGGUGCAUUCAGCACCAUGAGAUCGUCAAACCUUCGGCAAACCUGGAGGAAUCCAUAGUGGCUGUCCAAAUGGAAAAGUCCGAGAUCAGAGUCGGGUCCGUAUACUUUUUAGCGUUUUUGUUUGCCACAUGUCCAUUAAAAUCAAUUUUUGUUUCAGAUGGUUUAGAGCAAAAGUCCAGAGUUAAACGCCCACGGGCGCCUCCUCCUCCUGAUCCGGAAAAUGAUGUUGAUGGCGAUUUUGAUGAAAGAAACAAUGAUCUGAGCACAAAUUUCGUACCUGCCGGAUUCCUAAGCCCUUCAGUGCUGGAAUAUUUAGAAUUGGGCAAAUCCAUUCCAGGUCGACCAGGCACAGAUUAUCCAGUCUUAGGAAUGGUACCUUAUACCAACUUUUACUGUGAUGAGCAACAAUAUCCUGGCUUCUAUGCGGACCCGGAAACUCGGUGCCAAAGUUGGCACUAUUGCGAUAUUGAUGGUAGGCAGACGAGCUUUUUGUGCCCGAAUGGUACCCAGUUUAGUCAGCUGGUGUUCGUGUGCGAUUGGUGGUUUAAUGUGAGAUGCGAAUUAAGUGAAAAGUUGUAUGUGAUCAACAGCAGACUCUAUGGAAGACCAAAAUUGGAUCCAGCCAAGCCUCAUAGAAGCAUUACAAAACAGUUGCUAGAAGAUAUUUUUAAUGACGAAGAAAGACGCUAAAUAUCAAAUGUAGAUAGAGAUUUUGAGAGAUGCGAAUUGUUUGUAUUACUUUUCAAAUUUGUUUCGUUGAUAAUUCCUGUAAAUAUUCUUAUUGCAACCGAUUCCGAUCCGAGUUCGAAUAGUUAGGAACGUUUUUUGUGUUUUUCAGUUUACGUAGAUUAAGUUCUUCUCGAAUUAAUGCAUUAAGAAUAAGCGUUAAUUCAUUCAAAGAGAUUAUAUAUUAUAUUUAGUUUUAAUUAUGUUUAUAAGUGGCGAAAUAAUCUAGUUUUUAUAAACACUAGACUUACUUGGACACUAGAUAUACCUACUCACUUACUUAUUUUGUUAAGUAAAUUGUCCAGUUGCUUCACUUAAUUUUAUAAGUUACGCGUAUUUUUUUUAUAAUUAUUAUACAAAUGUUUUCAACUUUGAUUUAUCAAUUUUUCGAUUUUGUUCUUUUAGAUUAGUUUCCAUUUAGUGCGAUACAUAUAAUUUCAAUGAAAUAUUGUUUAUAUCUACCAUUUGGAAGUGAGCUUCUGCAUGCCAUCUUAUUAUAAGAAUAGUUAGCUGUUAGUGAACAUCACAAUACGCAAAUGGAAGAUUUUUCCUGCAUUUAAGAAACGUAAUUAAUAAGGCCACAAAUCCGGCGUGGGUUGUAAAAGUAACUAUUUUCAACAUUAUUACAAACAGGGGUAGUUUGUAGUUUGUGGAUUGUAGAAGUUGCUUUUUAGUGUUGAUAUAUCAAAGAUUUGUUAUAAGUGUG